GUGAGUUCCGGCGGUGCCGGAGGUGGUUGCUUGCGGCCGGAGGCUAUGGCGGCGGUGGGCUCGGAUGUGGAGGCGCUGCCGCGCGGGGGCUUCCGCUGCAGCCUCUGCCAGGUUACCACAGCCAACCGACCCAGCCUGGAUGCUCACUUGGGAGGCAGGAAGCACCGACAUCUGGUUGAACUGCGAGCUGCCAGAAAGGCCCAGGGACUUCGGAGUGUAUUUGUCAGUGGUUUCCCCAGGGAUGUGGACUCUGCUCAGCUCUCUGAGUACUUCCAGACAUUUGGACCUGUGGCCAGUGUUGUCAUGGAUAAGGACAAGGGUGUGUUUGCCAUUGUGGAGAUGGGGGAUGUCAGUGCUCGGGAGGCUGUCUUGUCACAGCCCCAGCAUAGCCUGGGAAAACAUCGUCUUCGUGUCCGGCCUCGGGAGCAGAAGGAGUUCCAGAGCCCAGCUGCCAAGUCCCCCAAAGGAGUGAGCCCUGAUAGUCACCAGCUUGCCAAAGCAUUAGCCGAAGCCCCAGAUGUGGAGGCCCAAAUGGUGCAGCUUGUGGGACUGAGGGAGUUGUCUGAGGCUGAGCGGCAGCUGCGGAACCUCGUAGUGGCCCUGAUGCAAGAGGUCUUCACAGAGUUCUUCCCAGGUUGUGUGGUCCAUCCUUUUGGCUCUUCCAUAAAUAGCUUUGAUGUCCAUGGGUGUGAUCUUGACCUCUUCUUGGAUCUAGGUGAUAUGGAAGAACCUCAGCUAGCCUCGAAGGCUCCCGAGUCUCCAUCCUUGGACUCAGCCCUUGCUUCGCCACUGGAUCCUCAAACCCUGGCUUGUACCCCAGCCUCUCCUCUAGACUCCCAGCCUCCAGCUUCUCCCCAAGAUUCUGAAGCAUUGGACUUGGAAAUUCCUUCCUCCUCCUUGGCACCCCAGACUCCAGACUCUGCUUUGGCCUCUGAGACUGUCGCCUCUCCCCAGUCCCUUCCUCCAGCCUCACCAAUCCAGGAGGAUAGGGGAGAGGGAGACCUGGGAAACGCCCAGGAACAAGCAGAGGCGCUGAAAGAGAAGCCCGAGGGAGCAGCAAUGCUGGAGCUGGUGGGAUCCAUUCUCCGUGGCUGUGUCCCUGGUGUGUAUCGGGUACAGACUGUGCCCUCUGCCCGGCGCCCUGUGGUCAAGUUCUGCCAUCGGCCUUCAGGUCUCCAUGGUGACAUCUCCCUCAGUAACCGGCUAGCCCUGCAUAACUCUCGGUUCCUGAGUCUCUGCUGUGAGCUGGAUAGGCGAGUGCGACCCCUUGUGUACACCAUCCGCUGCUGGGCUCAGGGUCGAGGGCUUUCAGGAAGUGGCCCCCUUCUCAAUAACUACACCUUGACUUUGCUGGUGAUCUACUUCCUUCAGACCAGGGACCCUCCUGUGUUGCCCGCUGUGGCUCAGCUCACCCAGAAAGCAGGUGAGGGAGAACAGGUAGAAGUGGAUGGCUGGGACUGUAGUUUCCCCAGGGAUGCCUCAAGACUGGAGCCCAGCAUGAAUGUGGAGCCCCUCAGUUCCCUGCUGGCCCAGUUCUUCUCCUGUGUCUCUUCCUGGGAUCUUCGUGACUCACUGCUAUCCCUGAGGGAAGGCCAGGCUUUGCCGGUGGCAGAGGUGCCCUCUAAUCUCUGGGAGGGUCUGCGCCUUGGCCCCAUGAAUCUCCAGGACCCCUUUGACCUGAGUCACAAUGUUGCAGCCAAUGUGACCAGCCGGGUGGCCGGGCGGCUCCAGAACUGCUGCCGAGCAGCAGCCAAUUACUGCCGAAGCCUCCAGUACCAGCAGCGAUCCUCCCGGGGUCGGGAUUGGGGGCUUCUCCCCCUUCUGCAGCCCAGUUCUCCCAGCUCCCUGCUGUCUGCCACACCCAUCCCCUUUCCCCCUGCUCCCUUCCCCCAGCUCACUGAUGUCCUGGUCCGCGUGUUAAGGGAAGCACUGGGAUGCCAUAUAGAACAGGGAACCAAGAGGCCACGGUCCGAAGGAGGUAGAACUGAGUCUCCCCAGGGAGGGACAAGCAAGAGAUUGAAACUAGAUGGACAAAGAAAGAACAGUGAGGAGGGGAAAGAGGAGCAGCAGGGAUAUGAGGAAGACCAUGGUGAAGACAGGGUGGAAGAAAUGGUUAUAGAGGCUGGAGAGGUGCCGCAGGACUGGGCCAUGCGGAGCCCUGGGCAGUCAGGUGAGCUGCCCAUCAUGACCACAAACUGUCUAGACACACUUACUGAGCAGAGGCCCAUGGCACCUGAGAUGGCUGGAGAUGGGUCUCAAGGUGAGCCUGGAAAGGGGGCAUCAUACCCCACCUUAGUGAGUUGGCGCUGUGCUUUGUGGCACCGAGUGUGGCAGGGGCGGCGGCGUGCCCGGAGACGGUUGCAGCAACAAAGCAAAACAGGAGAUGGAAACAAGGCCAUCUCGGGAGCAGAGUGGCUAGCCAUGGAGGCUCAGGUAACCCAGGAACUGAGAGAAACAAAUGCUGCUGAACAGACGCCAGACACCGAGCCUCUUCUGACCUUCGUGGCAUCCGCCUCACAGGCUGAGCAGACUCUCACUGUGACCCCGCUCCAGGACUCUCAAGGCUUGUUCCCUGAUCUCCAUCACUUUUUACAGGUUUUUCUCCCUCAAGCCCUUCGAAAUCUCCUCAAGUAGAGGAUUUGGACCCUAGGAGAAUAAUAAAGCUGCUAGUUUA